CCGAGCUCCAGCCGCCAUUUUACAUCCUCUGCUCACGAACAGCAAGAAGCUCAGUGGAAAUGGAGAACCAGCUUUGUAAGCUUUUUGUUGGUGGACUGAAUGUCCAGACCACCGAUGAAGGCCUCCGCAAGCAUUUCGAGCAGUUCGGAACUUUGACCGACUGCGUCGUGGUGCAAAACCAGCAACUAAAGCGCUCCCGCUGUUUCGGUUUUGUGACCUACUCCAUGCCAGAGGAAGCGGAUGCCGCCAUGGCCGCUAGGCCUCAUGUGCUGGACGGCAACAACGUGGAGCUGAAAAGAGCAGUGGCUCGGGAAGACGCGGGAAAGCCAGAAGCGCUCGCAAAGGUCAAGAAAAUCUUUGUCGGUGGUCUUAAAGACGACAUCGAGGACCAGCAUCUCGUCGACUGCUUUACGCAGUUCGGUGCCGUCGAGAAAGCCGAGGUGAUCACGGACAAAGAGACCGGCAAGAAGCGUGGCUUCGGCUUCGUGUACUUCGAGGACAACGACUCGGCCGAUAAGGCUGUUGUGCUCAAAUUUCACAACAUCAACGGCCACAAAGUGGAGGUGAAGAAAGCCCUGACCAAGCAGGAGAUGCAGAGCGCCGGGGGUCGUGGCGGUGGCGCACGCGGAGGACGAGGAGGACGCGGCAUGGGAAGACCUCAAAAUGGCUACGGCGGCGGAAGAGGCGGUGGCUAUGGAGGCAACUAUGGCGGCGGCUACGGCGGAGGAAACGACGGCGGGUAUGGCGGCGGCUACGGAGGUGGCUACAGCGGCGGGUAUGGGGGUGGCUACGGGGGCGGCUACGGGGACCAAAUGGGAGGCUACGGCGGUGGCAACGGCUACAAUGACUUUGGCAGCGGCUACGGCCAGCAGGCCUCGGGCUACGGUCCCAUGAAAGGUAAUUACUCGGGCAGAAACAGCGCUCCUUACUCCCGCGGUGGCGGCGGCGGUGGUGGUGGUUACGGCGGCAGGGGGGGUUACGGAGGCCCGUAUUAAAGAGUGGGUUUUAUAAAUAGCGUAAAGUUCCUCCUCACCCCAGGACUCGAGUGAAUUUAGCACAUCCUUACACAAGAAACUUCGCUCUAAUCCGGCCUAGCUGAAUGUGUAGGGAGACACGGCGUUUACAAUUACAACACAGUGAUCAAGUUAAGACCUCCAUCUUAUCACCGUAUCCUCCUCCCUAAGGCACUAGGCGGAAUUUCACCAAGACAUAGGACUCUUACUCCGGAUCCUUAUUUUAGGACUCUACAAAUGGUGGCAGGGUUUAGACUUACCUGUCGUAAAACUAUUUUUUAUUUUUUUUUAACCGAGAUAUUUUUGUCUUUUGAAUUAAGUUAAGAUUAGUACACUUGCUUUGUUAGCCUGUUUUUUUUUCUUCUUCUUUUUAGUACAUGUAUUGUAUGUUGUGUAUUUCUUUUUUACAACUAAAAGUGUUAAACAUGGGACAUUUUCCGAUCAACUAGCCAUGUUAAGUGUCGUUUUAACGAGGCUUGUUGCUCAGUAACAGAUUAAAGCAGGCUGGGUGCGACUCCCGCCUGAGAGGUCACGUGUCCUAUGGCCGCUCAUCGCACACAGACGCGCAGCUUCCAAUCAACACCAUGUUAAAUAGUUCAGUGGUUAUUAUGAACAUUGUCCUAGAUGUUAACAGUGAACUUGUUUCUUAGCUUUUGGUCUAGUUUAUUCCCUGUUCGAGUAAAAUAAUUAAGUCGACUUCCUUUAAAUGAUGUCUCAUUGUAUCACUGCUUAAAGCUAUUAAAUAUUGUUUAUUCCAGUUCCAAGCACGCUGUAUGUAUUUCUAUGAAUAAAAAAAAAAGUUCUUACCCAAUUAGCUAUUAUGUCUUUCACUAGAUGAGCUUUUCUGUAAGCUGGUAGACUAAACCAGUGAGUUUAGCUCGCAUCUCAGCAACUCCUAGUGCUUCCAUUACAUGGUCACAAGCCCAAAGUUUCUUUGCACUCUGACCAUAUCUACACAGAUGAGUGGGGAAUGUAAAAUGUCCCCAACUUUUAAAUAAGGAUAUGUUGUCUUUACUGUAAAAUAUGUUUAGAGCUUUGUUCCAGUACUUUUAGUCAUCAUAUAAGGCGGAUCUAUACCUUAGCUGUGUCCACUACUACAUCAUUGGAUUCUCCAGAAGUACGCCAGAGCUGUAGAAACCCAGCUGAAAGCCCAUAGGAUAUUCACGCCAGGUUUCAGGUUUGUAGAAAUACUUUAUACAUAAGACAUCACAUCGUAUGGAUCCACCUGGAAUGACUGACCUCUUUACAUCGGAAUAUUUUUUUAGUUGAUCGAGCGUGCAUGCAAUUUAACUUGCAACAUUUCUAUAGUACUCAGAAUUAACUUAAUCAUGUGAAUGAUCGAGGUGGUAAUUAGAAUAUUGUCUGGUUCUGUGUGACGCUGUGGUUAUACUCGUCUCUAGUUUGUCUUGAUCCAACAUUUUUAGGCAAUUUUCAGUUUAAGGCCAUACCGGAGUGUGGGGCUUAGCUCCUUAGUUCCAGAUAUUAAUGACACCAAAUGCAAGGAGAUCAGCAUUAUUAAGCAAGGUUUGUGGCUUCAGUUAUUUACACUACAUCUUUAUCAAUUCCCCUUCCCUCAUCAUCUCGGUGUUAUGCUUGUGUGUGUUCCUAUACAUUUUAUGGUAUUCUGUGAGGACUUGGAUAUUUGUUACACUUUAGCAGUAAAGGCUUCAUUGCUUUUUAAGCAUUUCUAACAAGUCCUGGUCUGGCCUGUUGAAGUGUGUGGGUGAACAAGUAACUAAGAUCGCAUUAUACCUGCCAUGCCUUAAUGGCAGUUAUAAUGCCCUGAAGGGAUGGUGGUGAUUCAUCACUGAAUGGGUUGGGCAGUUUAUUUAAGAAGCUAUUUUCACAGGCUAAUGUAGUAACAUCUUUCUUUUUCCCCUUCUGCAGAAAUGACAAAACUGAUGGGGUUUGGUAAUUCCUCAGUUUUGAGACCAGCAGGUUGAAACUCUGAAAAGUGGAUGCUGGAAAGUUUUCAAGUCAGUCUUUGGAAGGCAGUUGCCCCCACCCACACACAGGAAGCUGUAGGCUAAAGCAGCAGUGGACAGUUGCUGCUAUGAAGGUGAAGGACUGUGAACUAUGAUGUUGGACAUGCGCACAGGACUCCUAUGUCUGACUAGUUUAAAAUUUCAGCGUUGAUGGACUUUCAGUGGGGAUUAAAAUGUGUU